GGGGAGGUGGAUUGAUGGUUGGGGUUGGAUGGGCUGCUGGUGGUGGGUGUUGGACACGGACGCCGCGUCGCUUUUAACACUUUCGCUACGCGGAGUGAAGCGGAUAGCGAGAGGGGAGCUGGAGGAGAGAGAGAUACACACACACGGACAAUCAAUACACAGUGAGACACGCUACACAUACAUACAGCCACACACACGCGCGCGCACGCACAGAUAAACAUACACGCAGACACACACACACAACGACGUACGCACAUGAGCCGGAGAUGUGAACGCGGCAGGGCUGCGUGCGCUCCGGUCCAGCUUGUGUCGCCCGGCGGAGCGCGGCGGCUCGAGGUGGAGACUCUGCCACCGCUGCUGGUGACGAUGUCGCCUCUGAUGAUGAUGAUGCUGCUGGUGGUGCUGGCGGAAAGCAAUGCUGUCAGCGCAGCCACAGCAGCCGGUGCUGCUAUCUGGCGGCAAGGGGAACUCACCCCCUACUCGUCGUCAGAAGCGGCAAACGUGCCAUCAGCUGCAUCAAUUCUCCGUCGGGAUCUGCUGGACUCUAAGCCAGGGGCUCCCAAGCGCCCGCGGCGCGGGAGAGCGUUGCCUCCGCUGCCUCCGAGAGUGCCCUCCGUGCGGGAACCCGGGGGCGCCGUGAGCAGCAGCUCGUUCGUGCUGGCCGGGGACGGCUCCCACAACCAGGCGAUAGUCCACUGGACGGGCGACAACAGCAGCGUCAUCUUGAUCCUGACUAAAUUUGUCGACAGCAACGUGGACAGUGUCACCGACAGCUCUUUGUGGCGGUCGACGAACUAUGGAGCAUCUUACACGAAGCUCACAGACAAACUCGACCCCAAGGCCAUCCUGGUGGCCCUCUACGUCUGCCCCAGCAAUAAAAAGAAGAUCGUACUGGUGAACGAACCCCACGUGGAGAGGAGUCUACACGUGAGCCUGGAUGAAGGGGCCAGCUUUCAGAGGAUACGAGUGACCUUCAGCCUGCAGAGCCUCCUCUUCCACCCGCACAUGGAAGACUGGUUGCUGGCCUACAGCCAGGAUGGAAAGCUGUACGUGUCAAUGGAACUCGGAAGAGACUGGCAUUUGUUGCAAGAACGGGUGUCAGAUGGCCGAUAUUACUGGGCUGUUCCUGAUAUCGACAAGGAUCAGGAGCUCGUGCACGUGGAGGUACAAGGCGCAGAUGGUGAAUUUUACUACGUGACUUGUCCCAUUUCAAACUGCACCGGCACGGCUCUCUUCUCGCCCUUUCCUGGAGCCAUCGACCAGAACUCGCUGCUCGUUGAGAACCACUACGUCUUUGUGCAGGUGACAGAUGGACAUAUAGCCCGGUAUUAUGUCUCUCAUGGGCGGAGGCAAUUCCGGCAGAUGCUGUUCCCCAAGUACGCCUUACCUAGGGACCUGCACAUCUUGAGCACUGGCGGAGAAGGCGUGUUUGCGGCAGCGCGAGACUGGAAUCAGAACCAGACAUACGGACUCUACUUUUCUGAUGAGCGUGGCGACAGACUGACCCUGUCUCUAGCCAACGUUGCCUGCAGUGAUAUCCCGAGUGCUCCCAAGAUCAUAAACGUGCAUGAGGUGAAUGGAUUAAGAGGGGUAUUCCUGGCGAAUCAGAGGCAGGCUGCCGAGGUGAAAACGUACGUUACGUACAACAGGGGACGAGACUGGAGGCUUCUGGCAGCUCCUGCCACAGAUCUGCUCGAGAGGCCCACACACUGCCUGCUGCCCGCGUGCUCACUGCACCUGCACCUUCACUCCUCUGGAGACACCGUCAUGGCAGGGAAGGUCGUAUCUAUGGCCACAGCCCCUGGCCUACUCAUGGCCACUGGAAAUUUGGGAGCCGGAUUGGUGGAGUACGAAGAAAAAAUGUUCGUCUCCUCUGAUGGUGGAAAUACAUGGAGUCAGGCAUUCGAUGAUGAACAUCAUAUUCUGUUCUUGGAUCACGGAGGAGCGAUCAUUGCCGUCAAGGACACGGCAAUGCCCAUAAAGCAGCUUUGGUACAGCGUGGAUGAAGGCAUCUCCUGGAAAGUCCACGACUUUUCUCCCACUCCCAUCUACAUUGACGGACUGCUCAGCGAGCCCGGCGAUGAAACACUCGUCAUCACGAUGUUUGGGCACGCGAGCCUCCGCUCGGACUGGGAGCUGGUGAAGAUCGACUUCCGGACCCUUUUCUUCCAUGACUGCUCAGAUGAGGAUUAUGAGAACUGGACAUUUCACAACCAAGACGAAGCCUGCAUCAUGGGAGAGGUGCACGAGUUUAGGAAGCGCAAGCUGUCGUCACUCUGCAUAAACGGCAAGAGUUUUAACAAGAGGUUGAAAUCCAAUCUCUGCCUGUGCAAGGAUUCUGACUUUGAGUGCGAUUACGGUUUUGAACGCUACCCGGAUGGUUCCUGCAGACCGGCCUUUUGGCACAACCCUGCUUCCACCCCAACCGAGUGCCUCCCCGGGGACACCUACACCAACAGUUCGGGGUACAGGAAGAUGGUGUCCAAUACGUGCGUGUCAGGCCUGGAGGUGCACUACGAGUCCACGGUGCUGGCAUGCCCCGUGAUGCCUCCUCGCGGCCUCAGCGUCGUGACUGUGGGAGGGAAGCUGGUGGUCAGUCCCGGAGACAAUGUCACCUUCUACGUGCUGCAGGAGAAGGGAGACACGGCCACCACGAAGUACUUUGUGGACCUGGGCGACGGCUUCAAGGCGAUUUACGUGAACCUCACGCUACGGGAGGAGCCGGUCCUGCACCGCUACCGUGAGCCUGGCGUCUACCGCGUGGUGGUGCGCGCGGAGAACCCCGGUGGCUGGGAGCAGUCACAGCUCUACAUCCAAGUGCUGCAGCCCCUGUCAAGCGUAUACCUGUCUAUGCCACCAGUGGUGAAGUGCAACCAGCUCUUCAAUGUGUUUACGCACAUCAUCCCUGCCGACAGCCAAGGAAUGGUCUUCUCUUGGUGGCUGGGGAACAGUUCACAGCCAGUGGUGUCUCUGUCGGGAGAGGUGACAACGAGUUUUCCUGUGGUGGGAGAGACGGCGAUCAGCGUGCAGGCUGCCACGGGUAGUUGGGCUGUGCAGCACUCUCGCGCUCUCAUGGUUUACGAGCAUGUGCGCGUUCUUCACCUGUUCUUCUCACCGAGCCUGGAAUCGUACAACCCCGGGCUGCCCGAGUGGCGAGAGGAUGUGGCUAGGGCGGUCAAGGCCUCUCUUUUACAAGCUGCCAGUCACAUCUCGGAGGAGCAGGUCAUCACAGACGUGCCUCUGGGCUUUCCCACACACGUGGACGUGUACGCAGUGCCACGCCGUGAUGAACCACGGAGGAGGAGACGCAGCAGCCACGGAGCUGAAGUCGAACAGGUCUAUGAAUCACUUGUGUCGGUUGUGAAGAGAAACUUGGUGACAUUCAAUCUAAAUCCUGAAGUAAAAAUCACAGUAGUUGCAAUAGCAGGCUUCCAGCAGCCGGGCUCGGGGCCAGGUGUUACGCUUGUGCUGCUUGUGCUCUGCCUGGCCUUUCUUGGCCUUUUAAUCUACAUCAUCUACAGGUUCAAAAGGAAACUGGUCGGAGGAAACGUCUAUGCGCAAAUGCACAACGAGAAGGAGCAGGAUGUGACCACCCCGGGGGAGGUGGCCACCGUUAUCCAAAACGAGGCACUGCACAACCAGGAGGAGUUCAUUGACGAUGAUUUGGACUCACAGACACUAGGAAACCACAGCACUCACGUCGUGCUCGGCCUUCACGCCAGGGAAGCAAACAGCUACGUGAGCAGCUAACAGCAAAUAAACUCCAAUCUCAGACCAAUAUGCCACGGUUUGUCCAUUUAUCAGUGCGUUGUCUGAGCAACCCCCCUGGUCCGCUUCACGUCCUCCGACACUGCUCCAUCAUAACUGCCGUCGCUCGGUAGACCAAAGAGAGAGAGAGAGAGAGUGCCCAGUGCUGCAUGCUGCGCUUUAACGUGGACCUUCAACAGGAGUAUGUGGAGUCUCAACCUUGCGUUGUGGCUGAGAGUACGUGCACUCUAGAUAAAGGGUAGUGACUGGUAUUGCCAGAGAUUUUUUUAAACAUUUCUUUUGGGAUCCUGUGGUUUUUUUGAAAUUAUUAGUUGAUAUUCCCUAAAGUGUGUAGUUUUACCCAGUUACCCCACAGAGCAUUAAAUUGCUUUGAACCACAAUACAUAAAAUUGGUUACUGAAGUCCCUAGAGUUUUAUAUCCAUAAAACUUUUACUAAAUUGUAACCAAAUAGUUACAGACAGCCUACGGCUUUUUCGAACGCUUGUAGGAUUAAGUGUUAGGAAUGGGAAGUUUGCAAAGUAGUACAGUAGAACUCCUCUCAUUCACGUUGACGUCGGCGAUGAAUAUUGCAGAUCGGAUUUUCCGCAACAUUAUCCAAACAUUUAUUAUUAUUUGCAUUUUUUUACUAAAAACCCACAGGCAAUGGAAUGAAUUUGCCGCAUGACUCCUCUUAUCUGCAUAUGAUCUGCGAACAAGAAACAUUUCCAAAAUUCAGGAUGUGAAAAUUUUGGAAUAUAGCAAUGCAAUACCUGUAAUGGGGUCACAUAUAAGAGGAGUUUUUGUGGACCCCACAUCUCUCGUGGAUAAUAGGAGUGCCAGGUAAUAAGCCUCGCGGGAAUAAGAGGAGUUCUACCAUGUAUACAUACAUAUAAGGGCCUUAGUAAUGCAAGAAAUGAAUUGGUGGCAAAAUGCUUCUUUCAAAGCUCUCUGUAAAGGAAGUCAUCGGCCUCAGCCUUGCGCUUGUUCACGUUACCAUCAGUGGUGUUUCAGACAUGUAUAUGUUCUAAAGAUUUGUGAACCAAAAUAUUGUAUGCGGUAUGUAAUGAACAUAAGUUAAAGUUUUUGAAUGCUUCAGCAUUGAGCCUGUAUACAUUUCUCAUGGGUUUUGUAAAGCACAGUAUAUUCUAAUAUAUGCUGGUGGUAAUCCUUCGAUGAGAGUGUUGGCAUGUAUAGAAAAAUAUAUGUUAUUUUAAGCAACAGAAGGGUGUUUGCUAACAGUAUGCGUGAUCGAUGUGGCGUUAAUUUAAGAAACAUUAAAUGUGGCACAAUGUAUAAAAUAUAACUAUUUAUUUGCAUUUCUAACUAUCAAAUGAAGUGUUGAGCACACAAUGUGCUUUUAGUGGCAUGCUUUACCAUUACAUGCUGCCUUUUCAUAAAAUUUGUUACCAUGAAUACUUACCAAUGCUUGUAGUAUAUGACUAUAUGAGUAACCUUGUGUUUUCUGUGCUGUUAAUGCCUCGUGGAGAUCUUUGGUUUCGACAGAGUAAUACCCAUUUUAAUUUAUUUACAGUAAAUACCUUUUGUGUAUUCCC